GCCUUCGCUUGUUCCUCACAUUUGUUAUUCUUUAAGCAAUUUAAUCUUUUAGCUGGUUUUGGUGGUCGGUGGAUAUUCGAUUUCAACUAUGUCCGUUUGAUUAUGGGUUGGGGUUGAAUUUCAAUUUUUCUCCCAUCGUCUCUGAGAUCAGUUGCUAGGAGAGAGAGGAAAAAAACAAUUUUUUGGAAUAUCAUUUGAUUCUCUUCCUGCCCAUGAGAUUAUUUACAGUUUUUUUUUUUUUCAAGUUCGUUUGUUGAUUUAACAAUUCGAUGUGCUGCUUUGAUUGUAGUUGUUGCUUGUAUUGCUUCCCAAAAAUACUGAACUUGCUAUAGCUUUAAAUGUAGGCGUACAAGAAUUUGCACCUCGAUGCAUUAAUGUUCGUUGGGCUUUUCUCUAUUUAUUUAUUUUUUUGCAACAAAGCUUCAGAUAUACGGGGUUAACUUUAUUUUGUUUGCCAUUGAGUUAUAGUUUAGGAGAGAGAACUCGAGCAUUGGUAAAGUUGCUCCUUUAUGAUUGAAAUGUCAUGGGUUUAAAUUUGGGAAAUAAUCUCUUUGCAAAUAUGCAAGGGUAAGGAUAAGGCUGCGUAUAAGGAUUGUCCUCAUCCCAUCAUCGCUAGUCGGGGUUUAAUGACGAGUGAUUUAUUGAGUUAUUGUUUCAAAAAUAAGUACUAGCUUCACCUAAGCAUGGAUUGAGGAUUCAAUUCUUUACAUGUGCUGUAAGUUGUAGACAUUUUCAAAUGCUAACCAGACAAUGUUUGAUGUAGAACUCCAGUUGCAGGAGAUUUGAUGUCUGGAGAACGUGCACUUUGCUUUGUAUUUGUGUAAUAUCAUUUCAGUAGUAUAGGUGAAUGCUAUAAACUUUCUGAAGCUUCAGAGAAGCAGAAAAUAUAGAUGAUUAUAGUACAUGUGUUUGAAAUGGAGAAAUUGGGUGAUAUAUAUGUGAUUAAAGUAUAGAUGAAUUUACUUUUAAGGCUUGAUCUGGUUUUAGUUUAUUUCAAUAUAUGCGUCCAACUUACUGGGCUGCAUCCUUUUAGUUCUAGAAUUACAACUUAUUGUGCUGCAUCCAACUUAAGCUACUGAUAUGAUAGAGCUUUGCCAUACAUUAUUAGUUGUAAUUGCCUUGUUAAUGGUUUUAAUGUGAUGAAAUAUCACGCAUUUGAGCUUAUCUUUAUCCUGAUACAUGUGCUUUGUAUUACUAAUCUUUUAGUCAUAACUUUUAUAUUAUGUUCUAACAUUUUUGUGCAACAUUGGACAGGGCAUGGCAGCAGAUGAAGAUGUUUACAUGUCAGCUUUGAAGUCUCAGCUGAGUCAAUCACAUGAAACAUGGAAGCAGGAGAUUGAAAGAAGCAAAUCCCAAGUGGAUGUAUUGCAAGCAAAGCUUAUUGACGUAAAGGCUUGCAUACAGGGUUCAGAGAAAGAUGGAAAAAAGGAGUUGGAGGUUCUUUGGCGAAGAGUCAAGACUGCUGCUACAUUGGUGACCUACUUAAAAUCAAAAGCUAGACUCAUGGCUGUUCCUCAUCUAGCUAAUACAUCUUGUGGCAUCAAACAAUUAGAGGGGCAUGGUUCCUUAGAUGAACAGGAUGCAGCUUAUAUAGGUGAGAUAUUCAAGUCUGUACAGAUGGUCGCAGAUGUGAUGGAAGCUCUUGUCAAAAGGGUUUUAUUGGCAGAAUCAGAAACUGCAUUAGAGAAGAAAAAAGUAAGUUUAAGUCAGGUAGAAAUUAAGCUGAAGUCUGCCCAGUUAAAGAAUAUGUCUUUGAAAUUAGAGGAGAUGGAGUGUUUUGCUUUGAGUACAAAUAGCAUUCUAAAUGAGAUGCGGCAGAGAGUUGAGGAUUUGGUGGAAGAAACAACCAGACAGAGACAGCGAGCUUCUGAAAAUGAAGACGAGCUUUGUAGAGUGAAGCAGGAAUUUGAGUCUCUGAAAUCAUAUGUGAAUGGUCUAAUCACAGUAAGAGAAACCUUACUUUCUUCAGAGAAGCAAUUUCAAACUAUUGAGAGGCUGUUUGAAAGGCUAGUUGCAAAGACUACUCAAUUAGAGGGUGAUAAAAUGCAGAAAGAGGCUGAAGUUCAGAAACUUAUGGAAGAGAAUGUGAAGUUGAGUGCUCUGCUUGACAAGAAAGAGGCUCAACUUCUGGCAUUGAAUGAGCAAUGCAAGGUAAUGGCCUUGAGUGCUUCAAACAUGUAAAUGCAAAUGAACCUGACAGAUUGAUUGCUUUCUUCUUGACUGCUUCCAUGCUGACUUCCGGAGGCAUCUAAAUGAAGCUUCACUGGAUAAAGAACUUGAUCAAGGUCCUCUCAUCCGCAAGAAGCACAAACAAAGGGCUCUUCAUAAACAUCAUUAAUACCUUUAUUUUAUUUUAUGGUGCCAAUUUUUUUUGUCCCUGUCAAAAUUGAACGCAGAAAAUGCUUGUACUUGGAAUGUAUACUUGGCGUGCUCUUUCACAGGAAAAAAAUGAGAUAUGAUGUGACUCUUUGCUGCAAAUGUUGGAGACCGAAUAAAAAACCUAGUAUCAUAGAUACCACCAAGUUGAUAUUGUAAUUGUUAAUUACUGUUAGGCAAAAGUAUGAACCUUUCCUCGAGAUCAUCCAUCCAGUUUGCCUUAGCAAAAAAAAAA